CACUGCAUGGAUUGCAAUAAUUCAAGAUUCACCAAAAAAAAUAACGAUGAGUGAUACAGGUGCAAAAUCUAGCCAGCCUUUAGCAGUAAAACAGGAGAAGGAUGUAACGCCAAAGAGAGGACGCGGCAGACCCAGGAAGCAAACCCAAGAACCAACGGGGGCUCCUGUUCCAAAGCGACCACGAGGAAGACCAAGAGGAAGUAAAAAUAAGGUUUCUUCUUCUAAAUCUGGCAGAAAAUCUGGUGGUGCAGGAGGAGCGAAGCCCAGAGGUAGACCUAAAAAACUGAAAACUGAAACCACAGGAGCAAAAAAGCCCAGAGGUAGACCAAGAAAAAGGGAAAAGGUAGAGCAGGAGGAAGAAGAAGAGCAUGCUUCUCAAGAAUCUUCAGAAGAAGCACAGUAAAUCUGCAAGAGUCUCACUACCUCAUCCAACAGAUGUCUCCUGUCAAUACCUGGACUACAAACCCUAUCACACUGAUUUCAUUAUAGUCUUAACAGGGAACUACCAACAGCACUGGAACAUUACAGUACUUUUUUUUAAAAUAUAGGUCAAGGUAUUUCAAAGAAAUCGACAUUUAAUGAAGGGCGAAGCCUAAACAAUUGAGCGUGUAUAUCAUGUUUUGUCAUUCUGGUAAGUUUCUAAGCAUUGGUCUUCAAGUUAAACCAGUUAAUAGGACAAUGCUAAUGAACAUUUUAGUGCUCAGACAUAAAAUAAAACAAACAAUGGUCUGUUCUGUUGUUGACAAUUCACAUAGAUAAUGUAUAUCGCAUAUUGGAGGUGAUAACUCUUGGCAAACAUGAAGAUGGGUACAGUGGCUGUUAUAAUAGACAGCAGAGAGCAACUCUUCAAACCUGCAUUUUUAGUGCCAACCCAGCUUGCAUUGCAAUUCCAUACUGGAUUGUAGAAUGACCGUUGCCUACAAAUCAAAAUGGCUAACACAUUCACAGCUACAUAACUAUUCAUUUUUAAAAUUUCUUUCAUGGGUCAUUUUAUUUUUGUUUUUGGCAUGGCUUAGAAUUGUGUAGAUAAACCUAUGUUAGCCUAUGAUUAUGAUCUCUUACUUUGUAGACAUCCUUCCAAGUGGAAGAGAACUAGAGAUUUCUUUAGGCUCUAUAUAAUAGUUAACUGUUUGCCUGGAGCUAAUAAUUUUUAUAAUACAUUAUUAAUGACUUCUGCAUUAUGUAUACCAUACUUCACUUGACAUACAAAUGCAUUUUAAGUAAUAUGUGAAAGUUAAGUGACAUUUUAUUAACAAGAAUUUUGCCCUGUUACUCUUUCCAUAUUCUGAAUGCAUACAUCGUUUUCCAUAAAAUGAAGCAGCAAAACCUUUUCUAUUCAAAGAAAGGCAUUGACUGCUUAAUCUCUGAAUUGCAGACUACAAUUUGGUUUGUUGGUAAACACAAAAACGGGAGAGAAAUUUGCUAUUGACAGUGAAGGAGCAUUUUAUAACUAGGCAUAAAUUAUUUUUCCCCUAUUGUAGUGACCUUGAAUCUGGAACUAAUUGUAGGUCAAAUGAGGCAAAAUUCAGUAAGUGAAUUGUUUAAUUUCAAUACUACAAUAAUAGUGUAAAGGCUCAGGAAAUCCACAAAAUAAAAGCUUCUGAUUUGGAAACCAAUCCAUUUAAUAAGGAUUCUAAUUCUGAACUAUUAUCAUAGUAAACUUAAAGUAUUAUUUUUACAUUAUAAUAAUCACAUAGAGAAAAAAAAUCUGUUUUGCCUCUCUUUGGAACAUUUAUACCAGCAGUUGUACAUGUUGUCAUCUUGUGAUUUAACUGACUUCACUAUGCCACUGACCAAUGUGUCUAAAUACACAAAGUUAAACUGGGACCAUUGGCCCAGUUAAAUGAAAGACCAUAAAUGCUGGAUUUACUUCAGUCCAUUCAAUUGGUUAUGGUAAUGUAGAGAUUUAUAUUCUGGCAAUACAGAUUAAUUAUUUUUAUUAUUAUUCAAGUAAGAGAAGGUAUCCCUUUUGCUGGACUGUACAGGCUGUAAUUAACAAAUUACAAAUAUAUAUAUAUAGACACGUACAAAUGAAAUCCUUUAAAAUUCAUUGGAUACUCAGAGAGACUGUAAGAUGCUAACAGUUAAGCCAUGUUGAAACAGAUAUUGGAUUAAGACUUAAGGGAUAAAAGUGCAUUGAAAGAUACAAAUUAUACUUUUUUUACUUUUGCGUGUUCCUAGUUUAUGACAUGCUGAUCUUUGAAAGUAAGCUAUGUAGAGACGGAUGGUAAAAUAACAUUAAUAACAACAUUUAGAAUAUAAUACUUGAGGUAUUAAUUGCAAAUAUAAUGCUUCAUAUGGUACCUUAUUACUUAGAUUGUAAUACCUCUCACCAACUGCAAACAUCUUAAUCAAUAUUGCUUUACUAUAACAGACACCAAGUGCUAGAGUUGAGCUGUAAUUUUACUUAAUUAUGAGUUGCAGAAGGCAUUUGCUUAUUUAAUCAAUUUAUUCAGAUGAUGCAUAAGCAUUGCUUACAGUUAAAUUUAAAAAGGACCAAGUUAAUUAGUGUUUGUUAUUCUGUUUUCUGGAUGUCAUGUUCUGGAAGUAAAGCUAUGAUUAUCCACAUACUUCUAAAUUUUUUGGGGGGGAAGGGACAUUAUAGAUUUAUAAAAGAGUAAUUUCCAUUUUCUAUGCAUUGAAAACAUUGGUUGUAAUUCUGCUGCAGAGUUAGCUCAGUUGUGAGAACUAGUAACUCUCGAGUCAAAGGUUUGUGUCACUUGAAAUCCUGAAGCAUUAAAAAAUUUGACUAAAGCUCCAGUGCAAAACUGAGAGUGUGCUACACUGUCAGGGGUACUGUCUUUUCAAUGAGCCAUUAAACUGAAACCCAGUUAUCACACUAGGGUGGAGGUUUGAAAAAAAUCUCAUGGCACUAUUUUGAAAAAGAAUAGGGCAGGUUUCUUCCCUCAAUUGCCCAAAACUAUCUCCCCCCCCCCCCCCCCCCCUCAAAUUCAGUGAAGCAGACUAGCUGCCAUUGUGGGAUUUGGCUGUGUACAAAUUGACAGCUGUGCUUCAUGUAUUAUGACAGUUGAUUGCCUGUAAAGUUCAUUUACAAUGUUGGGACAUACUGAAAAGCAUUAUUAAAGAUGUAGUUUUAAGUUUAGAGUAGUGCACAGAUGAUGAUUGAUUCAUUAUAUAGAUAAAUUCAGUGGUUUUGCAGUUUCAUUAACAGGCUAUUUAAUAUCCCACUAUUUUAAAGUUAAUUUGCAUCUAAAUUUUGUAGAUGUUAAUGAAAUUUAGAUUUAACAUGCUAGCCAAUAUGGACAAGAAACACGUUAUAUAAUAAAAGUGCUCUUUCACGAUCUCCUGUGACUUCAGGUAUCAGAAUUUUGAAUCUAUGAAAUCUUCUUUCACGAAGUGCUCAGGCUGCUCAAUUAAACAAUAUGAAUUUUAUGUUGUUUAACCGUGAACAAAUACAGAAAUCUUUUGUGCAUUGAACAAAAAAUGGCUGCCAAAUUACAGUAUGCCUCUUAUAAAUUGUGGUUUUCCAGAUAUUUAAUUGAAAACUGGCUUGAAGCAAAAUCGAGUUAGGGAAAGGACAAUUAUAAGGACUGUUUGAAGUUAUUAAAUACCCAAUCUAAGGACAAGCAAAUGGGAUAUUUCUUCUUAAAUGUCAAUAGAUGUAAUGAGGCAAAACCCAAUAAUGGUAACUUGUUAGUCCAUGUUGCUGAAUAUUUCUGUUGAAAUACUGGCAAAGUACAACUUUCUUUACUAGUUAAGAAUGAAAUCUGUCUAAAAGAUUUUUCAGCAGGAGUCAGUUCAUUACUCAGUUUUCAUGUUAUUUUGCAGUAUUAGUACUGUGCUGAACAGAUACAACUUUGGUUUUCGUAUUCACAACUACCUCUUUUUAGUUUCAUAGUUUCUCAGUUGCUGCUGUACACAAAAUACAAUUCAUUUGUGCAUCUCCUCAACCACAGUGAUUAACUAUGGUGAAUAAUGUUGUGUCUAAAUUUAUUGUCUGCAGAUUUCAUGUAUAAUUCUACAUUGAGAUAAAAAAAUGUAAAGAGUUUUGAAUUUGCUGCUUACCACAUUGCAAAAAAAAACAGUAAGUUGGUAAAAAGGAAAGAAAGAGGAUUUACAAUGUAAAUGUUGCGUUUAUUUAAAAAAUGCUCAAGAUAUGAAUUUGCAAUCUACUUGACGGACUUUGGAGCCACAGUAAGGAUUGGCAUAAAACAUGUUGAGAGCUUUAAUGCUUGAAUUACGUAAAUGUAAAUUCAAAUUAGUAGCUUAUAAAAUGGCAUCUGUUGCUAACAACAUUUAAUGGUGUAACUGGGCUGUAGCAUUCCCACGAUAGUAAAUGAUUUUUAUAUGAAAGUAAUUGCUGGACAACUUUCCUCAUGUUAAUGCCUAUCUCCUUCAGUAGGAGACCUUGGAACUACCGAAGGUGGUAAUUUGAUUACUGUAUCACUAGUAAAUUUAGAAAAAUGUUUAGAAUAUUUAUUUUUAAAAUUCUUCUUAAAAUACAAAUUAUAAAUUUAAAUAAUUGCUUAUGGGCUUCUUUCUAUCCAUAAUGUGUUGCGUACACUUUAUAGCUGCCAGCUUUCUUCAGUGCUAUACCUUAAUGGAUAUGCUCCCUCUUUAAGCUAGAUCUGAUUAUUCUGGCCUCGUGUUCAAAGAGGUAAUUCUUAAUCAAAAAUUAUUGGAUUGUGGUUUUGUUCAGGUGCUCAAUUGUGGCAAUUCACUGCUUCAAAAAGCUGGGUACUGAAUAGGGAUCAGACGCAAUAUUGUUAGUCUUUAUAGUUCAGUGCAGCAUUGUACAAGGAGAGCUAGAAGCCUGGAUUCUAGCCACCACUUGAAGGCUUAGUUAAGGAUAGGAUUAGCAGAACUGGUAACAGAAGAAUUUGUCUAUUGUGUAAAUUUAUUGCUGUGGGCUUGAGUCCUUGUAAGCCACCUUGUGUCCAUGCCAUUUGGUCAUACCUUUUAAUAGAAAGAAAUCAUCUUUUCUAAUAACAAUAAUUGGCAAUGAUCACAUGCCCAGCUCCCAUAUUGAUGGGAAAGUACUUCCAUUGUUUUGUAUCCAUGUGCAUUGCUGUGGUACAAAAUACAUGCAAACCAUAUCAAAUAAAUAGAACAAUGAUGCAUUAAACCUAUAGCCCUGGAGGAAGAUGUUUUUGUGCAAUCUGUGGAAUGAAAUUGCAAAUGUAUUUAUAUGGCUUAUAAUUUUGUUGCACCAAACAUUAAGAGAAUAUUUCCCCUUCCUUCCAACACUGCCAAAACCAGUAAGUUCAGUACCAAGAUCUACAAUCUCUGUUCUGGUGUGCACUUGGAUUUUUAUCUUACAGGUGUUUUAUGCCACAGGGAACUGAAAUGACAGAUAAUAGGCAUGUUUUACAAUUUUACCAACUCACUGUUUAAAUGUUUGGGAUUCAUGAUGUUAUCUGUUUUACAAGUUAGUGGAUAUUUGAACACAAAUGAAGUGCUGAUAGCUAUAUUGAAGUAAAGCAAAGAUAUUGAUCAGACUUUAGAAAAAAAUCACGUUAUGCAAAGGAGAUGAGGCACAGAUUUGGAUUGUACCUCAGUUAAAUAAAAAUCCUGGUUAUGUUCAAGGCAAAUCACACAUUUAAGAAUGCCUACCUCAGGACAAACAUUGGUGAUCCUGCUGACUUAAUGCAUGCAUAGUUUAGAAAGUUUUACUGAAAACUCAUUUUUACUAAAUGAUGCAAAGAGAAGAUGUCACGGAAGCAUUUUAUAUUCAUGAAAGAAACUUGAAGCAAUGAUUGUGAAAAAUUGAGAUUCUAGAUAAAUGUGUGCAAUUAAGGGCACAACAAUUAUACAAUGUUAUAAUUUAAUAUUUUUCCAUCAGAAAUAUUUUGCAUUCCAGCCAUUUUUUAAAUCUAAUCUCUUGGCACUCUGUGGGAGUUUGGUUCUUUAACAUGUUUACUGAUCAAUAAAAUGUGGCAGAUGGUUUGUACAUGAAUGCCCUAAUUGUGUUUAAUUGCCUAAAUAGUACAUUGAGAUUUUAUUUUUUUUUGGA